AUGAAUAAUACACGCAGCGCCUUCGCUCCAAAAACAGUCAGCUUCGCAUGUAGGGGCGAUCAUAUCACUGGUCAUCUCUAUCUACCGGAAGACUAUGACCUCAACCAGCGCUAUCCAGCCGUAGCGGUAGGCGGUUCGAUGGCCAGCGUGAAAGAGAUGAUGGCAGGAACGUACGCACGCGAAUUGUCACGGCGUGGCGUGAUAGGUCUGGCAAUUGAUUACCGCAAUUAUGGCCAGAGUGGUGGUGUUUUUCGACAGCGCGAAGAUCCUGAGUCGAAAGCCGCAGACCUCUCCGCUGCUGUGGAAUAUUUAUCACAUCGCUCCGACGUAGGAGAAACCGGUCUUCUUGGGAUAUGCACUUCUGGUGGAAAUGUCUUAUACCCGGCGUCGAGCGAUCCUCGCGUUAAAGCAAUAGCGACGGUUGUUGGGUUCUUCCAAUCUGCCUCUAUUGCACCUCUUUUACAUGGUGGGGAGGAAAGCAUCCAGCAUCGACGCGCCCAAGGCCAGGAAGCGAUCAAGCUAUACGACGAAACGCAUGAAAUCAAACUUAUCAAAGCCUACGGAGGCUCUGCAAAUGAGUCAGCCAGCCCUGGUUCAAAGCCAUACUACGAGGAUCCAACACGCGGCAACGUCCGCCAGUGGCGCAACGAGUUUGCUGUGGCGUCAUGGGGUGCCUGGAUCGAUUGGGACCCGGUAGCGCAAGCCUCACAUGUUCAGGCGCCUACGCUCAUUGUGCAUUCGGAGAAGGCCGCUUGCCCUGAGCAAGCACGCGCAGUGUACGAUAACUUGAGAUCAAAGAAGCAUAUAGUGUGGGCGGAAGGAUCGCAUUAUGACUUCUACGACGAUGCAGAGACGGUGCGCCGCACAGCUGAUGAGCUAACCAAGCACUUCCAUACCUACCUCCGCUAA